AUGGGCGCGGCGCCGUCGACCCCGAGGCUGGGCGCGGCAGGCGCGCCGCCGUCGCCCAGCGCGGCGGAGCAGAUGUUCGCGGCGCUGGUCGGCGAGAAGGCCUACCCAAUCUCCUCCGAGUUCUGGAAGCAGCUGCUCGAGCUGCCCCUCACCCUGCAGUGGCCGCGCGACCGCGUGCUGCAGGCGUGCCACGCCUUCGCCGAGAAUAACCACCAAACAAAGCAUCUUGCAAAGAUUUUGAUCCAUUUGGUUUGGUGCUUGCAAGAGUGCUCCUCAACAACUUCUGUAUAUUCUGUCGUAUAUCGGAGGGCGAUCAAUGCGGCAUACAUAUCAUCCAUAUUUCUCAAGUUCAUCAUUGAAAACGCAAAAACCGACAGUUGGCAAGAGCUAUACCUUGACAUUGACAGGAGUGAGAAGGGGUUGGAAAACUUUCCUGCAGAAAACACUGUGGAGUAUUUUCUGAUGAGAGGUGUGCUGGACUAUAUUGGUAGUGUGGAUGUAAGUCCGGAGUCAUGCUACCUACAUCAUGAACUCCUGAACUUGAUGCUAGUUCUUAUGUCAACUCAGUUAUGUUCUGGACCAUCUCCAGAGCCAAAGGAUGUGCAUCCUUUUAUUGAUGCAGCUAUGCUUCAGGACAGCUCCAUAGUGGCUUCAGUGGUGCAAAAAUUUUUGCUCAAUUUUGUAACACGGCCAAAAAUUCCUCUCAAUGGUUCACACCCUGUUUUCUCUGAUGAUGGUAGGCCUGGUGUUCUGCAGCGAGUUGGCUCAGCAGCUGCAAAUAUCUUCUUAUUGCCAUAUUAUACUUUCAACUACCUUCUUGGUGGGGCAAAGUGCAUUUCAAUCAUGGCGAAAGGGAGUCAUAGAAAUUCUUGCGUGUUUCUAACCAACAAUGUAUACACUAUGGACUCAAAUACCAACGACAAGGAUGCUCCAGUUUUUCAUGAUAACCCUUAUUGCAAGGCAUUAAACAGUGCUAAGGACAUACAAUAUGAUCGUGCUGAUGUUGAAGGAAAUGCUCAAGAUGGACCUGUUGUCAGGUUGUCUUUUGCAUCGUUGUUUGAUGCUCUUGGAAGAUGCUUAAAUGAUGAGAGCUCGGUGCUGUUUCUCUAUUCUUUGGUCCAUGGGAACUGUGACUUUCAGGAAUACGUCCUGGUUCGAACAGACUUGGAUACUUUGCUGAUGCCUAUCUUGGAAAUGCUCUACAAUGCAUCAAGGAAGACUUCGAAUCAGAUUUACAUGCUGUUGAUUAUUCUCCUGAUCCUCAGUCAAGAUUCAACUUUCAAUGCUAGUGUGCACAAAUUAGUGCUUCCUGCUGUUCCUUGGUACCAUGAGCGCCUGAUGCAUCAAACAUCUCUGGGAUCUUUGAUGGUUGUAAUACUAAUUCGGACCAUCAAGUACAACCUCUCCAAGCUAAGAGAUGUCUACCUUCACACAAACUGUCUUGCAAUUUUAGCAAAUAUGGCUCCUCAUGUGCAUAGGCUGAGUGCUUAUGCAUCACAAAGGCUAGUUAGUCUCUUUGACAUGCUUUCUCGCAAGUAUGCCAAACUAGCUGAGUUAAAAAAUGACAAGUCUCUGAAAGUUAUAUCUGAUCAGAUGGAAGCAGACAACAUCGCAGAUGAUAUGUCUACAGAGCUUCACAUAUAUACAGAUUUCUUAAGAAUUGUUCUGGAAAUAAUCAAUGCAAUCCUUACAUAUGCAUUGCCCAGAAAUCCUGAGGUUGUGUAUGCUGUAUUGCAUCGACAAGAGGUUUUUGAGCCAUUUAAAAAUCAUCCACGUUUUAAUGAACUGCUUGAGAACAUAUACACUGUAUUGGAUUUUUUCAAUAGUCGAAUGGACAUGCAACAAUUAGAUGGGGAAUGGUCUGUGGAUAAGGUGCUUGAAGUCAUCAACAAAACUUGCCGUUCAUGGCGUGGAGAAGGGAUGAAGAUGUUUACCCAGUUACGGUUUACAUAUGAGCAAGAAAGCCACCCUGAGGAAUUCUUCAUCCCAUAUGCAUGGCGCCUUGUCCUAUCACGGGGAUUCUCCUUCAAUCCGGGCGCCAUAAAUCUCUUCCCUGUGGAGAUUCACCUUGAACACCCAGAACAUCAAAUGAAUAGUCAAAUAUGA